CAACAACAACUACAACAGCAACAUAUGUGCGAGCAAUAGCAACAACAACAACAAUAAACAUUGCAAAAAUAGCAAGCGGAGUUAAAGUGUUAAGCAGCCUACGCUCACCGCCAAUAGCCACACACAAUUCGGUGGCAACACCGCGCAAGUGGCAUAUAGGACAACACAUACUUGCAACAUUGCAACAUACACGCGGCAAACAAAGUCGCAAGCGUAGCAAACGAAACAAGCCCCGGCAGCAUAGCAAAAGCUUUUGCGGCAACAGCAACAACAAAAACAACAACAUCAGCAACAGCAGAAGCCUCAAACGCCACCCGAGCAACAACAGACACAUUUGCUGCCGCAGAUAACAAUCCGGCAGACAACGGGCCAGCCGACAGCCGACAACAACAACAAAGGCCGAAGAAGUUUGAAUUGAAGCAGCCAUCAACUGCAAGCCGGUGGCAACAGCACAACGAACGUUGCAGAUACAACAGUAGCAACAGCAACGCCAAUUACGACUGCCAACGACCGCAACAACGGCAACAAUAACAACAAGGAAACAGGACCACGUAAAGUUGCACCGAUAACAACAACAACAAAUAGCAACAAACGUACGGACGGGCAGUGCGUAACAAGUGCAAAAACAAUAGUUAAUGCAACAGCAGCAACAACAACAUUGCUAAUAGUGUAGCACGCAAACAACUUCCGUAUUGUUGUUGGCUAGGUCAGCAAGUGCCUGCCUGCCGCACAGAACACUCUACCCUUUGCUUGUUGCAACAACAGCUCACUCAUCUGUGCCUUGCGUAAGGCGGCACAAAGGCGCAGUGGCAGCAACAGUGCGCUGCCGAGAAGUAGCCAUAGCCAUACACGUAGCCGUAAGAGCCAUAUCAGCAGCAGCAGCAGCAGCGGGCGUUGCAAAGUGGGCCGCAAUCACGAAGCCGCAACAGCAGCAGCACAAGGAGCACCCAGGCAGCCACAAAGCGCAGAGGGAAAUGAGAUGAAGUGGUUUCAAGUGGCGUUGGAUAUGUUCCUUGUGCUUUCAUUUAUAACAAGCAGCACAUCGAAUCCCGAUGCUAAGCGCCUCUACGACGAUCUCCUCAGCAACUAUAACAAAUUGGUGCGUCCCGUUGUCAAUGUGACUGACGCUCUAACUGUACGCAUCAAAUUGAAGCUAUCACAAUUGAUUGAUGUCAAUUUGAAAAAUCAAAUCAUGACAACCAAUUUGUGGGUGGAACAAACCUGGUACGAUUACAAACUCCAAUGGGAGCCGAAAGAGUAUGGCGGUGUUGAAAUGUUGCAUGUACCCUCGGAUCAUAUAUGGCGGCCGGAUAUUGUGUUAUAUAAUAACGCCGAUGGCAAUUUCGAAGUGACGUUGGCCACAAAGGCCACUCUCAACUAUACGGGGCGCGUCGAGUGGCGGCCACCGGCGAUUUAUAAGAGCUCCUGCGAAAUCGAUGUCGAGUACUUUCCAUUCGACGAACAGACGUGUGUGAUGAAAUUCGGCAGCUGGACAUAUGAUGGCUUUCAGGUGGACCUGCGGCAUAUCGACGAGCUGAAUGGCACUAACGUUGUUGAAGUUGGUGUUGAUCUAUCAGAAUUUUACACAUCAGUCGAAUGGGAUAUAUUAGAAGUUCCUGCAGUGCGAAAUGAGAAAUUCUACACGUGUUGCGAUGAACCUUAUCUGGACAUAACCUUCAAUAUCACAAUGCGCCGUAAGACGCUUUUCUAUACGGUCAAUCUCAUUAUACCCUGCAUGGGUAUUAGUUUUUUAACAAUAUUAGUUUUUUAUCUGCCAUCGGACAGUGGCGAAAAGGUCUCAUUAAGCAUAUCCAUUUUACUGUCACUGACUGUGUUCUUCUUGUUGUUGGCUGAAAUUAUUCCACCAACGUCGUUAGUUGUGCCACUUUUAGGGAAAUUUGUGCUCUUCACAAUGAUACUGGACACGUUUAGUAUAUGUGUCACGGUCGUGGUGCUCAACAUACACUUCCGCUCGCCGCAGACACAUACGAUGGCGCCCUGGGUGCGAACGGUGUUCAUCAAUCAACUGCCUCGCUUUUUGGUCAUACGGCGACCACUCUACCCUAUUAGUGAGAUGAUCAAAUCAUCGCGUCGCCUGAUGGUUCGCACCUGCAACGGAUUUGAUUUGGGCGACCAAAUACCACCGGUACCACCACCAGCGGCCUUGUCUAGAAUGCAUCACAGCCCCAAGACAACGUCGCGCAGUACCUCGCCACAUCUGCAGCAUCGUGUACAAAGUCUAAAUAUACUGGACGACACGACGAUUGGUGGUCUGGGUUUCAGUACCACCGGCACUGCGUCCGUAGCUGGUCAGUUUUCCACACUUUACCCCUCCAAUAUCUCGACGGUGAAUCAACAAACAUCGACUACAUCAUCGCUCGUGGACGCACAACAUCAUAGUCAAUAUCAACAGACUGGCGGCUCACUGCUCGAUCAUCCAUUGACGCCAACGAAAUUUCGCCAACAAAAGACUUCCACUUCGGUACAGACGAACGGUUACGACGGGCCAUCCACCUCACAGUUCGGCCGACUGAACCAGCAACACCAACAACAACUGCCCAUCGGCGCCAUCUCGGCGUCCACUUCGACGCUACAUCACGUCCACACGCAUUCGGUGGGUGUGGGUGUCGGUGUAGGUUUCGGUGCGGCCAGCACCUCUACACACCAUCUGUAUCGCCAACAGUCAGCGUCCUCUGCACAAUUUUCACCCGUCCCAGCACCACUGCAUCCCCAUCAGCAACAUCAAUCGACCACGACGUGCGAUCUGCUGGGCCACAGCAAUGCAAAUGUGAUAAAGUCCACGACCACCGUGAACUCGGUGGCGACCGCUUCGACGCUGGCGGACUCUUGUUGCAGCGGCAUACACCAAGGUGCGGGUGCUGGUGCGGCCUGCCAAUCGUCUGAACAGCCGCCGCAUCAAUAUGCCACAACUGGUGCCGGUGGCAUUGGCGUUGGCGGUGCGCAAGGAGCCGCUGGUGGCGCCCUGCCGCGUGAAAUACUGCCAGCGUGUCAGCGAGAUGGUGGCACGCACUGUUGUCUAACGGGCGAAAAGGGAGGCUGCUUUAGUGAAACGCGGCAUCAUUGGCAUGCCUGCCCCGAACUGCGGAAAGCCAUGGAAGGUGUGAAUUAUAUAGCGGAGCAAACGCGCAAGGAGGAGGAAAGCACAAGGGUCAAAGAAGAUUGGAAAUACGUGGCCAUGGUAUUGGAUCGUCUAUUCUUAUGGUUAUUCACAAUAGCCGUUGUCGUUGGUACGGCCGGAAUAAUAUUGCAAGCGCCGACGUUAUACGACACGCGCGUACCAAUCGAUAUUAAAUUGUCGGAAAUUGCAACGACAACAGCGAAACCGAGCAUUGCCAAACCUGUGUUAUAAAAACAAAUUGCAAAGAAACCAAAACAAAAACAAAAAACGAAAACAAAAGCAGUAACCGAAACAGAAACCGCAACAGAAACAGAAGCAGAAAACAUAAAAUAGUUUCUUAAUGCAACAACAACAACAAUAAAUAAUAAGAAGAACGUUAAAAGUAAUUUAACAUAAAGUGCUUAGAAGAGAUAACAAAUGCUCGUACACUACAUAAAUUAAGUUGAAUGUAAAAAAAACAAAAAAAAUAAACAUAAACAUAACUUAAGAAACAGAAGCAGGUGGAAGGCAGCAGUCAACUGAAAUAUAUACAUACCUACAAGCAUAUAUAUACCAACAUAAAAACAGCAAUAAAGGAUUAAUCAUAAUGGAAAUGGACUUGCAAGUACAUAACAACGCACUACACCAUGGAAAACAACAACAACU